GUUAAUUACUAUUUUUUUGAGGUCAAGAAUGAACUUUUGCACUCACUAGUCUGCUGUUUGGCACUUUCAUAUUGCUGUCUAUGUUGUAUUCUAAUAAACUACCAUCACUCAAGGUUCCCUCUCUCUGGUUUUUCUUCUCUCAGGUCUGUUUCUGAUCUUGGGUCUGAUGCUGUACCCCGCUGGCUGGGGUGCUGACAAGGUCCAUCUGUACUGCGGCCCCGAGGCGGCUCCGUACCGCGCCGGCCUCUGCUCCAUGGGCUGGGCCUUCUACACGGCCAUGGGCGGCACCGUGCUCACCUUCAUCUGCGCCGUGUUCUCCGCGCAGGCCGAGAUCGCCACCUCCAGCGACAAGGUCCAGGAGGAGAUCGAGGAGGGAAAGAGCCUCAUCUGCCUCCUCUGAGGGCCCAGAUACUGUGGGGGGAAAAGAAGACGAAGAAGAAGAAGAAGAAGAAGAAGAAGGGAGAGACACCUGCUGCCCUUCUGUGUGUUCUCAUGAGGCCGGCCUGUGAAACGGAGGCGUUGUUUACCACUAAAACUGACUCUUUGUUUUGUCUCUGUCGUGUGUCAAUGUGGGAGAAAUCUACAAGUGCCAAGUUUUUUUCUCGUUGUCUUUUAGCCACUAGAGGUGCUGCGUCUGUUCUUCGUGUUUCAGCAUGUGGGCGCCUGUCUGUCACCACACGCUCUGUAAAUAUGUGUGAUUAUAUAUAUUUUGUACAUAGUUGUGAUCGCAGAAUGAAAAUUGGUGAUCCGGGGGCCGGGCUGAUGAUGUCACUCUUGCCUUAAAAAAACAGAACAAAACACUGGUGUUUUUGUCACCAGUUACCUGGAUCUGUUAACUGUUUGUGUGAACUCACAAGGGAACCACUACUCAGUCAGAAUAAACUACUCACAGAACAGAUGGCUUCGGCUCAGAGAGGAUGUCCUUUUUAAGCUUUCAGAAUGUACUGUUAUUGAACGAUUUCAGACCCUUGAAAUGUAUCGAUGGAGGAAGCUCUUUAUGUUUGUCCCCGACUCUGCAAAACUCCAGCAAAUGAAGUGAGUCCACGUCUGGUCCACGUCCAGCAGGCGUCCUGUAAUCUGUGCACAAAGACAUGGACAUGAACGAUGAGGACACACACACACACACACACACACACACACACACACACACACACACACACA